UAUUUUUCAGAUGUCGUAUGAAAGAACUAGAAAGAUAAAGUUUGGCUAGCAUACCGACGGGGCCAGUUUGAGCAGGUCCGCACCCCUUUUUCACUCUUUCGCUUUCUGCUUUACCUCGGGACUUUCCAGCCGUUAAGUCGGAACCAUGGAAAGUAAACUAGACAUUCCUCUUCAUGGAUAUUCAGUUAACAUUGUGAAACAUUGUGGACCUGGUCUUAGCGAAAUAUUCAGUAGCAAAUUUGGAUGUGUGGCCACCUUUGAAGGCGUGGAAUUUGAGAGAGAUUGGAGCAUUGCAUCACCGACUGUUGCCCCAGAGAAGAGGUGUGCUGUCAGUCUGCCUAUGGGUGUUCAGGCAUCUGUGUGGAAGGCUGAUCUCACCAAAUUCCCAGUGGAGGCAGUUGUGAACGCUGCAAAUUCACAUCUACAGCAUUGGGGUGGCCUUGCUCAAGCUCUGUCUGAGGCUGGUGGUCCUACAAUCCAGAGAGAGUGUGCUGAUUAUGUCAAGAAGUAUGGUGACUUAAAAACAGGAGAAGCAAUUGUCAGUGAUGCUGGGCUACUACAAUGCAAAAAGAUAAUUCAUGCUGUGGGUCCAGAUCUACCAAGGCAUCCUUCCAAGCCUGAUGUGUCACAGGCUAAACCGCUGUUGGAGAAAGCCAUCAAGAGCAUUCUUGACAAGGUUAAGGAAAAUCAGUUAACGACAGUUGCCAUUCCUGCUAUCAGCUCUGGGCUGUUCCACUACCCCCUGCCAGAAUGUGCAGACACCAUAGUGUUAACUGUGAAGCAUUACUAUGAGAAGUCUUCCUCUAAAGGACAUCAUCCUAAACAAAUCUUCUUUGUCAACCACGAUGAGCCCACAGUGAAGGAAAUGGAGAGAGCUUGCCGUCAGAUAGUUGGAAACCAAAAGCCUGUGACUUACAGUCAUGCAGCAGCAAACACAUCCAGAGGUUCUGCCAACACCUCACCUCCUACAGUCCAGAUAGGAAAUGUCCUUCUGAAAUUGACGAGUGAUAAACUUGAGGAACAACAGACAGAUGUCAUUGUGAACACUGCAGCAGCAAACAGAGACCUGAGCUCCGGUCAAAUCUCCAGAGUUUUAUUGCAGAAAGCUGGUUAUGAAAUGCAAAAAGAAAUUAGUAAGGCUCCUAAGAAUGGAUGUGUCAUUCCGACAAGAUCCUACAAAAUGCAAUGUAAAGAGGUGUAUCACACUUUUUGCAUUGAAAAGGGGUGGGCUACAGCACCAAAGAUCCUUUUUGAUUCUGUAUCGGAAUGUUUACAAAGAGCAGCAGCAAGUCAACACAAGUCAAUCGCUUUUCCUGCCAUCGGCACUGGAGCCCUCGGCUUUACCAAAGCAGAAUCUGCCGGGAUCAUGUUAGAUGCAGUGGCUGCCUUCGCCCCAUCGUGUCCAAGGAUGAUGGAAGUUCACUUUGUCAUAUUUCCAUCUGACCAUGACACAUUUCAGGCUUUUGAGAAAAAAAUAAGAUCUCUUCAGCACUCGUCAGCCUCUCAUCACAGCUCUACACCUGCAUUGCGCAGAGAGGACUUCCACGGCAGCAGAGCUCCAACUCCACAGAUCAGCUUGACUGGCCUCUCUGAGGAAUCAACACACGAGGCUAAAAAAUGGCUCACUGACCUCCUCUUCAAAUCGUCUGGCACUGUUAAGAUCUGUAACAACUUCAUCCAGCACUUCAGUGAGAAAGAAUAUCGGCAACUGACUCGUCUGACCAAAAAGGGCGUUUCCAUUGAAGAGUUUCUUGCGAAGGGUCAUGCAUGCAUAACUAUAGAUGGGGAUUCUCAUGAAGAUGUUGUAAUGACUGCAUUGCAGGUGGAGGCCAUGCUCUGCACCAUCCAGAAGAAGUUUGUCUCAGAGGAAAAGUCAGAAUUGGAAACUUUGACCGCUAAUGAGGUGUCCUUUCCUAAGAAAACACCACUUGACCAUGGCCGAGAGUUUUCAGACAGACAGACUGCCUUCAAAAAUAGCGGGCUGAGAAUAUUAAAGGUGAUCAAAGUGGAGAACUCUACACUGGAGCUGCUGUUUGACCUCAAGAAACAACAGCUGGGCUGCUCCACUUCUCAAACAAUGUUUCAAUGCAUACCUGCACAGUUCUGUGAAAUGGUCAGCCAUGUUGGAUUCCAUGCAGAGUGCGCCCCACCUGAAGACCCAGCAUAUGGCGAUGGCAUCUACUUCACUGGUACAGUGAGGACAGCCAUGAAAACAUGGAAGGAGAGAAAUGAAGAGUACCUUUACUUUGUGGAGGCUGAGGUGCUGACAGGAGACUCCACCGCUGGUAAACCGGGUCUCAUUCUGCCACCCGCCAAGGGGAAAGAUCCCCACAUUUUGUACGACAGUGUGACUGGAGGAUCUGAUGUCGCUGUCAUAUUUAGUGGUUAUCAAGCUCUGCCCAGGUACAUUAUCACCUGUAAGAGGGUUUAGAGUUCUCUAAACAAGCUUGAGUUUGCAGUAUUUCUUGAAACCACACAAUGGAGAUGAGUAUCGUAAAGUUAUAAAGGAAUCACAGAUGUUAGAUUUAUUUUUCUUAUAGUUGAAAUUUGUGUAACUGCAGUAGUAACUUGAGUUUCUUGUUUCUUUUGUGGUGACUGACGUGCAUUAUAUAGCAGCACUAGUAUUGCAAGGAGUGGCUUAAUCAUUUAUGUAUCAAUCAAUGUUCCAGCUUUACAAAUGUGCUGUAUUAUAGCAGCAAUAUUAUACUUUGUCCAUUGGUGUAGGUCGUGUGUUUAGGGGCACAUAAUGAUUCUAUAUCAGUAAACAUCAUUAAAGCAACAAAUCAUUCAGUAGAAAUGGCUUCAUUUUGUUUAGAAAAGACUACAGUGUGAUUCUUCAUCUAACACAUGCAAAGCUUUUGGUGACAGGAAUAUAGACUACAUCACAACUACAGCAAUGUAAUAAUUGUAAAAUGAGUCUUACACAAUAAUUGUCAACUCCAAUGGAAUCAUAAAAUGGAGUGUGAGCGCAGGAAACAUGAGGGCAGAUGGAUUUUUUUUUUUUUGAAAUUGUACUUUUUUUUUGAAGACUCUUGUAUUGAAUCAUUUUAUAUUUUGUAAUUAAGUCUCAACUAGUUAAUAAAAAAUGGAAAAAGUG